AUGGGCGUCCCUGGUGUCGUCCAAAAAUCUUAUAGUUUAACUCGCUUUUUAAGAAGUCAGCAUAACGCUUAUGAUUUGAAAGAUAAAAGUCAUUUUAUUGGAAUAUUAUACGACAAAAACUUAAUCAAGGAUUUUCAAGCCUGGUCUACUUCGGUUUACAUGCCUAGCCCCGCACCCCUAAGUAAAGAUAUUUACAAUCAGUUUAUCAACAACCAGACCCCCGCUCUCAACGCCAAAACCCUCGCCCAACUAGUCGGCCAACUAAAAGGCACCCUCGUUCGCCUCGGCCCCGACCUCUUGGAACUAAAAGAAAGCCAAAACGAGGAACAAAAAGGCCGCAGCCAAGAUGAAACCCCAACAAGUAGAGACGCCAACCGCAAAGAA